CAGUUUUGAAAUGCCCAGCUCUUCGGAAACUGACACAGACGCAACUGACACAAAGCCGCAACUUUGUAGCACAGUGGAGUCUGACUGAAACACAACUUCCGAGCCCGAGGGAGGGAAGAGGGGAGGGAGAAGGAAGGCACUGGGAAACCAGGCGCUUUCUUGCUCCUUCCUCUCGGCUAGGAGAUAGGGCAAGGCGGUCAGAGCCGUCCGGGACUCCGGCCUAGGGAAAUCUGAUUUUGAAAUCCCAGAGUCCGCCGCGGGUCUUCGGCGGCCGACUCCGCUAGUUUCCUGACCUCAUCGCCUGCUGGGCCGGCGCCACGCCUACCGAAGUAGCUGCAGCGCCGGAGAGGAAAUUCACGAACUGGUGACAGCCUGGACCCCCGCCCUCAGCCUCAACCGCACCAACUACAGAGACGGAGGCGGGCUCUUCCGAGGCCCCCCACCCUUUUCUUAAAGAGAUCCUUGAAGGAAUCUCUGAAACCAGAAAGGGAGGGAGGAGGGUGAGUUCGGCUUCGGAACCGAAAGGAUUAAAAGCGGAUCGCCCUGGGGGAGAAGAAGCCCGGAUCAGAGCUGGGCUGAGCGGAAGCCAGGUUAAUAAUCAAGAUGGUACAUGCUGAAGCCUUUUCUCGUCCCUUGAGUCGGAAUGAAGUUGUUGGUUUAAUUUUCCGUUUGACGAUAUUCGGUGCCGUAACCUAUUUUACCAUCAAGUGGAUGGUAGACGCCAUCGACCCGACCAGGAAGCAGAAAGUGGAAGCUCAGAAACAGGCAGAAAAACUAAUGAAGCAAAUUGGUGUGAAGAAUGUGAAGCUCUCGGAGUACGAGAUGAGCAUCGCCGCCCACCUGGUGGACCCUCUGAACAUGCACGUGACCUGGAGCGACAUCGCUGGGCUGGAUGAUGUCAUCACAGACCUCAAAGACACCGUCAUCCUCCCCAUCAAGAAGAAGCAUUUGUUCGAGAAUUCCCGGCUCCUGCAGCCUCCCAAAGGAGUUCUUCUCUAUGGGCCUCCAGGCUGUGGGAAGACACUGAUUGCCAAGGCUACUGCCAAGGAGGCAGGCUGCCGCUUCAUCAACCUCCAGCCUUCCACCCUGACGGAUAAAUGGUACGGAGAGUCCCAGAAGUUGGCUGCGGCUGUGUUCUCCCUCGCUAUCAAGCUCCAGCCUUCCAUCAUCUUUAUUGAUGAAAUAGACUCUUUCCUGCGCAGCCGCUCAAGUUCAGAUCAUGAGGCGACCGCCAUGAUGAAGGCCCAGUUCAUGAGCCUCUGGGAUGGGCUGGACACGGACUACAGCUGUCAGGUCAUAGUGAUGGGAGCCACCAACCGCCCCCAGGACCUGGACUCGGCCAUCAUGCGCAGGAUGCCCACCAGGUUCCACAUCAACCAGCCGGCCCUGAAGCAGAGAGAAGCCAUCCUGAAGCUGAUCCUGAAGAAUGAAAAUGUGGACAGGCAUGUGGACCUGCUGGAAGUCGCCAAAGAGACGGACGGGUUCUCGGGCAGCGACCUGAAGGAGAUGUGCCGCGAUGCCGCCCUGCUGUGUGUCCGCGAGUACGUGAAUUCUGCUUCGGAAGAGAGCCGCGAUGACGAUGAGAUUCGGCCAGUGCAACAGCAAGACCUGCAUCGGGCGAUUGAGAAGAUGAAGAAAUCGAAGGAUGCCGCUUUUCAGAAUGUUUUAACCCAUGUUUGUUUAGAUUAAGAGUAAAGGCCAUUUGUUUGUAUGGUUUAA